GAUUGGGGGAGCUGGAUAUCAUGAUCUGCUUCAGGGUCCAAGAGUUGUUUGUACUAUUUAAUAUAUUUUGAUGUUUUACUUUUAGCCAACCAAAUAAUUCAGCCCUUGGCAUAUAAAUGUGUGUAUAAGGUAGUAGGAAAGACUUUGUUCUUUGUUGGCUAUUACAGGGAUCUGCGACCUGAGCAAAGUGAACAAUUCCUAAGAAAUUCUGUUUCUGUGCAGGACCAAGGGCCCAAACCACCAAGGGUACCACACUUUGGAAAGUUCAAGAUUUACACCCAUAGCAACAUUCUUCUCAGACACCUUCAGAAGCACCUUUUCCUGCCACCGUAAGAAAUGCCUAAAGAAGAAUGACCAUGGAAAAUUAUUCUACGGCAGCUCAGUUUGUCUUCGAUGGUUUAACACAGCAAGCAGAGCUCCAGCUGCCCCUCUUCCUCCUGUUCCUGGGAAUCUAUGUGGUCACAGUAGUGGGCAACCUGGGCAUGAUUCUCCUGAUUGCAGUCAGCCCUCUACUUCACACCCCCAUGUACUAUUUCCUCAGCAGCUUGUCCUUCGUCGAUUUCUGCUAUUCCUCUGUCAUUACUCCCAAAAUGCUGGUGAACUUCCUAGGAAAGAAGAAUACAAUCCUUUACUCUGAGUGCAUGGUCCAGCUCUUUUUCUUUGUGGUCUUUGUGGUGGCUGAGGGUUACCUCCUGACUGCCAUGGCAUAUGAUCGCUAUGUUGCCAUCUGUAGCCCACUGCUUUAUAAUGCGAUCAUGUCUUCAUGGGUCUGCUCACUGCUAGUGCUGGCUGCCUUCUUCUUGGGCUUUCUCUCUGCCUUGACUCAUACAAGUGCCAUGAUGAAACUGUCCUUUUGCAAAUCCCACAUUAUCAACCAUUACUUCUGUGAUGUUCUUCCCCUCCUCAAUCUCUCCUGCUCCAACACACACCUCAAUGAGCUUCUACUUUUUAUCAUUGCGGGGUUUAACACCUUGGUGCCCACUCUAGCUGUUGCUGUCUCCUAUGCCUUCAUCCUCUACAGCAUCCUUCACAUCCGCUCCUCAGAGGGCCGGUCCAAAGCUUUUGGAACAUGCAGCUCUCAUCUCAUGGCUGUGGGGAUCUUCUUUGGGUCCAUUACCUUCAUGUAUUUCAAGCCCCCUUCAAGUAACUCCCUGGACCAGGAGAAGGUGUCCUCUGUAUUCUACACCACGGUGAUCCCCAUGCUGAACCCUUUAAUAUACAGUCUGAGGAAUAAGGAUGUGAAGAAAGCAUUGAGGAAGGUCUUAGUAGGAAAAUGAGUCCUGAUUUGGGGGAUUUAUAGAUGGGAAAAAUGAAUAGUUCCAAUGAACAUGUAUUCCUUUUUUCUAUUUUCAUGUUAUUCUGUUGUAACAUACAUAAUAUCUAGAUUUUAAAAAUACUUUCCCAUCUAUGAUUGAUUCAACUUUCUCAACAAAAUAAUUGUGUAAAGCAGGUAUUAACAUUCUUAUCUUUUGAUAGGAAAACUGAGGUCUAGGUAGUUUUAAUUUUUUUUUACCAAUUAUGAUAGAGAAGACAUGAGAAUUCAGAUUUUCUCCGAUGUUAGUCCUCUCUUCCUAAUAUCCCAUGUUUGCUUGUUGAAUACUUGCUAUGUGGGAGGUACUGAGUUGUCCACUGAUAUGAAUGCUAAGAGGUAUGUUAGCCUGAUCCCAGAUAUCUAUUAAUUCUUCAGGGAAUUAGACAAAUACACAAGGGAAAAGAACAGAAAAGAAAAGAAAAAAGAGAAGGAAAGAAAAGAAAAGAAAAAGUUAAGAACAAGAAUAGCAAAUCUAGUCAGCAGGUCUUAUUCAAAUCGCUUUUACUAUUUUUUUUUCUACUCAGUAUAUUAAAAAUCUCUUUAUUUUCAUUUCCUUGUUGUUCUUCAUGGAUCUGGUUUUUUUUUUUUUUUUUUUUUUGUAUUUCUAUAUCUACUUUAACACCACAGUUCUACACUAAGGGACCUCUGACCACGUGUUUUCACUAUCUAUUGCAAUGGAGUUGCCUAAGGUUGAAAAACCUUCCUCAUAGGGAAGAUAUAACUCCCACAUUUGUUUCAGUUGGAGAAUUGUCCUCUGCAGAUUCCUGAACUGAAGCUGUGGUCCAUGUUUUUGAGCAUGUGACCUUACAGUAAAAGUAGGUACCAAGAGCUCUGUAUACAAUGCUUUUCUUGGGUUUUCACAGGUCUUAGGUCUCAUGUAACAUUUCCUUCUGUUUUUGUUUUUAGCUUUUGUAUGUUGCUGGGUAGUAAUAAGAUGCCUCUACUGUUCUGCAUCCCUCAGCUUUUUUCUCUUCUUCCCAGGAAUAUUCCAUUGAAUUUCUAGCAUUUUAACUUCCAUAUCAAGUUAGUUUUCUUCACUCUAUAUCACAUAUUAAACCAUUAGUGUUUGCUGAAAUUAGUUGCCUUUCUCCUUUUACUUUUUCUUUGUUUUUGCCAAAAUAAUUUUUACAACCUAAUACUCUAGAUUUUAGCUUAAAGAAUCAUUCCAAGCAAGAAAUAAGAAAUCAGUAAAUUUUGUAUCUACCAAAAUCCUACUGUUCUAACAAAGCUUGUCUACCUUUAGCUCCUACAUUUUGAUAAUCUCACCCAGAAUACAUCUUCCUAUCAGUUUGUUGAACCAGGUCCUGAACAUUUACCGUGGCCUUGCUCACCUUCCCCUUAAUACAUCUUCUCCUCUGUAUGCCUUGCUCUAAUAUUUUUUAAUGUUUUCUUAGAGUUUCUCAGAUACAGUGCCUAUAUCUUCUCAAGUCCUCCCAUUCCUUAAGAUCUUUUUGAGGGGGACACAUACUACUUACUCUUUUUCAGCAGCUUUAAUAGUGCAAUUAACACUUUUCUGAAUCCAGGAUCCUGACCUUCAAAUUAUCAUUUGGUGUCACAUAGUUUUCUAACCUGUCCUCUUCUCUCUCUUAUUCCAGUUUAAUUAACUUAUUUUACUUUUAGUCUCAUUUUUCUUCUGCUCUUGUUAGGGUUAUAAAACUGAAGCAUUCUUUCUAAAUCACUUUAUUUUCUAAGCAGAUUUGAUUCUUAGAAACAGGGUGUUCCAAACCCAGAUUUUAAAACUGUAUUCUUAGUUGUUAGCUUUCCAAUAAUUCAAUUGAACUGUUUCGCUUUCUCAGUAUAUUUAGAUGCAAUAUUAUUUUUAUGCUAAGACCCUCUUCCCCCGUUAUUUUUAUUUUUAUUUUUUAUUUUUUGGUUCAUGAGUGAAAUCUACCACCCCUUUAAAGGGAAAGCUACAAUUUAGAAGACGGAUAUUUGUAGCCCUGCUCAGAACUUAUAUAUUUAACAAAUCCAGAGAGAGCUUGAGACCAUUUGGUGAGAGUUAACCCUCAAGCAUGUGGACAAGCUGGAAACUGUGAAAAUAACCAAUUAUUAUCCCAUCCCCUCUGUCUAAAAUACCUUUAUAUGAAAAUAUUCUCUUUUCCCUAUAAUCAUAUCAUGACUUACUUGAAAAAAGCUUCCCCUUUGUGUUCAAUUUUAAGCUGCACCAAUAUUUGCUGAUUCUUAAGUGGCUUUCGCAGUUGCUAAGGUUGCUCAAACUAUCCAGCCUACAAUUACUUAGGAUUAUAGGACCCAGGGCUUUGUGGAGCCUCACUUUGCUCACAUUUUUCAGAAGACAGCCUUUCCUGAGGCAUUUGCCUUUUGCUUAGGGCCUAGCACUAGCAGCAUGAUCUCCAGGGGAAUGAAUCUGUGCUCUUCUAAAGUUAUUCACUUAUUUGUAAACAACUCUUCUGUAUAUGCACCAGUGGAGGUUAAAAUCUUACAUUGUCAGAGGUCAGGAACCACAGCUGCCUGCUGGGAUCACUACAGUUAAAAGUUACACAUAAACUGUAAACUAUAAAAUAUUGCAAAAUAAAUGUCACUGCAUGCUCCUGAGGUCAAAAUCCUCUCUCCUCAUGGAAAGUCCCAAACUUGUAAGUACACUUUUGUACUUAAAUCUACUUUUGCUGUUAAGUUCUUCAUAACCCUGGUCCAAACCACCAGAUGCUGGUUGUUUGGCAAGGUAUAUUUUGGGGCAAAUAAAUUUCUUAAUACCAAGCUCUAGCAUUAGACAAAAUUGCCACUUGAACCAUAGAAAAUGCUGGAUCCCUGUAGGUCUCUAUUAGUAGAGGUAGAAUUUCAUAGGCAAGGAUAACCAAGGAUAUAUUGUUUCUAAAAUAUGCUAACUCUCAAAAAGAACAACAAAGAAGAGAACCAUUUCUUUUUCACAACUAAUCAUCAGAAAAGUCAUCCCACGUUCCUGGGUAAAGUGAGUAAAGGUGUGAAAAAGAGGCGGGAGUAUUAGAGUAAUAGGUGUUCCUCCUCAUGGAUUGGAACAUCAGAAGCCAGGAGAGGUGCCUCAUUCUUCCUACAUAUACCCUAGGAUUUAGAAAAACAGAUUCCAAUCAGUUAAGAGAGAAAAAAAUGGCAAGGCUAUUUUAGAGAAAAGUAGAAUCAAGAAAUACAGAAGAUUCAAAAUUAUAAUUGGGAAAUUCGAAGUAACUCUUAAGAAAAGUGACACAAAAGCCUUUUUCUGCUGAAAAAACCCUCAUCAGCACACUAUUAGGAUGUUUUUGUCUUACUACAGAAGGGAAAAUAAGGACAAUGGAGAAGAGAAAAAGAAUUUUAGCUGACCAAAAUAAAAAUACGUAAAUGGUGAUUUGAAGUUAAUACAAAAAAGAUUAAUAUCCCAUAGAAAAGUAUGCAGAAGUUUCACUGUGAAUAUUAUAUGAAUAUUAUAUAUAUAAUAUUCAUUAUAUAUAUGUAGUAGCUAUUAAACUUGGUCAACCAUACUAAAAAUAAAAAUUCAAAUAAAAUAAGUCAUAUACUUAUUUACCUGUGAAAUGGUAAAUAAUAUUUUAAUAAAUCUUAAAGGUGAGGUAAACAAGAAUGAUAAUAUAUAUAGAUAACUGUAUUAAUUUCUGUAAGACAGGUUGAUAAUAUAUAUCAAAUAAUAUACGCCAAAUAAUUCCAUAGAAUUUUACCAAGUUAUUCAAUUUCUAGGCAUGCAUACUUAAGAAAUAAAAGUGACAAUGUCAAAGGCAGAGCUAUAAAUAUAUUGACAAUAACAAAAUAAUGAAUUGAGUUAAAUGUUCUUCAAAGUUAUAGGUUUGAGUAAGAUUCAGAUAUCCAGUAGAAUAAAUAUGGUAUCAUUAAAAUAAUUUUGUGAAAUAGUACUGGCAGGGACAAUAUGCAAAGUAUAUAGUAAGUUAAGAAGACGGGCAUGAUAAAUGAUACUGAUAUGUAUGACGCGCUUGAAUGAAAAAUCCGUAGUGCUUUAACAGACAUUCUUUCUUUUCUUUUCAUAUUGAAAGAAGUGUGUAGCAUGCAAAUAAAUGAGGAUAAUGUUUUAGGGGUGUUUUAACAUUAUUUUUGUGUGUCUGUGUUGAAUACAGGGGAUUCAAAGGGCUUUAUCUUCUACUCCAAUCAGUUUUUAAGACAUUCCUCCACUGCAUUUUAAUGAAUUUUAUAUAUGUAUACACAGAAAAUGCACCAAGAGUAUAGCUCUUUAAAUUGCUAAUGAUGUUUAUAUCUAUUUAGUGACUCUCCAGGUAAAGAUAUAGAAUAUUAGCAUCACUCCUGGAGGCCCCCUUUUGCUUUUCCCGAGUCAAUACCCAUCUUCAAGAAGUACCCACUAUAUUGACUUGUACAAUUGGUCAUUUUCUUUUUUUUUUGAACUGUAUACAAACUUUUCUCAUACUCCAUUAUAAUCCUUCCCUCAACCUUUUUCCACCCUUUCCUAGGCAAUCAUGAAUCCACUUUUGUCAUUGUAGAUUAUUAGCAUUUCCAAGAAUUUUGUGUUUAUAAGGCCAUACAGUAUAUACUCUUUACUUGAUGUCUUUUUUACUUUCAGCAUAAUUACUUUCAGAUUCACCAUGAUUUGCAUGCAUCAUAGCACUAUCAACUUGCCUUGACAUUUUCCUUUGUUAAGAUCAACUGACCAUCUAUAUAGGGACCUACUUUGUACCCUAUAUUCUAUUGUCUAUCUUUAUUAUUUUCAGGCAUAUGCACUGAUGGAAAUCAAUGAGGAAAAGAAAAUCUGUUUAACAGAUUGUUCUGAUUGACUAGAUGUCUGUAUCCAAAAGCUGAACCUGAUUCAAUGCCUGACACCAUACACACACACUAACUAGAGAUUGAUUACAGAAGGGAGCAUAAGAGCUAUCUUUGUGACUGGGAGGUAGUCAAACAUUUCUUACAUAGAAUACCAAGAAAAAUGAUAAAUGUGACUCCAUCAAAAUUUAAAAUUUUUAUUAUUAAAAGACACUAUUUUAGAAUAAAAAUGUGCACACACAGGCUGGAAAAAUAAUGUACACACACACAUAUACAAACACAAAACAAAUGUGUCCAACAAAUGACUUAUAUCCAACUUUUAUAAAUAAUUCCUACAACCAAUUAUUUAAAAAAUGAGUAAAAGAAACUUUAUAUGAACUGUAUACUAGGGCUUACAAAUACAUUAGGCCAUUUCAAUAUUAAUAGUCAUCAGGAAAAUUCAAAUUAAAACCACGAAGAGAUAUCAUUACACACCCACUAGAAGGGUUAAAAUUUAAAAGAUUAAAAUAUCAAGUAUUGGAGAGGAUUCAGAGAAAUGGCAUCUCUCAAAUUUUACAUGUUGUAGUGUAAAAUGUUAAACAGUGCAGAAAUAAAAAUAUACUAGAAUGUCUAUUAAAUCUUUAUUCAUAACAGCAAAAAAAUCAAGAAAUGUCCAUCAUCUGAUAAAUGGAGAAGGAAAUUAUGGAAUAUAUGUAUAAUGGAACACCACUUAGUAAUAAAAAGGGACAAUCUAUUGAGGCAUGCAACCAAACAGGUGAAUAUCAUUUAAUAAUAUGUCUAGGCCAAGAAACCACAAACACAAGAGUACACACAGUAUAAAUCAAUUUAUUUCAAGUGCAAGAAUAGGCAAUAUAAACCUGUGAAGAUAAAAUUCAUAAUGAUGAUUGUUUCUUUGGAAGAAGUAAAUACUCAUACUGGAUAUAAACACAAAAAAACUUUCUCAGGUGAUAGCAAUGGCCUACAUUAGAGACUGACAUGUUUUCUCUAAAAAACCAGAUAACAAAUCGUUUAGAGUUCACAGACCAUAAGGAUUCCAUUGUAACUACUGAACUAUUAUAUUGUAAUGAAUGAAUGUGGUCUUGUACAAUACAAUUUUAUUUAUAAACACUAAAAUUUAAAUUUUAUAUAAUUUUAUUUUGAUUUUUUUCAACCAUUUAAAAAUGUAAAAAGUGAUACUAGCUCAUAAACAAUACUAAACUCUGGGCUGGAUUUGCCCCAUAACCCAUGUUUUGCACCGCUACUCUUUAUCUUGAUAGGUGUGCUAGUUAUUUGAGUGAAUGUAUUUAUCAAAACUCAUUGAAUUAUAUACUUAAUACCUGUUCAUUUUGCUGUAUGUAAUUAUUUUGAAAUGAUUAUAAUAUAAAAAUAAGAAAACAUAGAGGACUUUAUGACUUCAAAUGAGCAUAAUUUUUAAAGAAAAUGAGUCAUAAAUAUAGCCACAUUAAAAAACUUUACAAUAAAAGGCAUCAUACAUAAAGCUAAAGGCAAGCUACAAAUCAGAAAAGGAUAACUGAAACACAAAAUAAUUGAUAUCUAUAAUUUUAAAAGCCCCACAAAUUAAUAAGCAAAGGACAAAAAGCCUAAUAGAAAACCAGGCAAAAGAUAUAAGCAGCAAUUUACAUUGAAAACAGAAUGUCCAGUAGCCAAUAAACAAAUGGAACAAUGUUUAACUUCACAGAAUCAGCCAAAUACGACCGUUUACUAUACUACAUGUCAAGGACUCAUAUGGUUUAGCCCUGUGUCCACAUCCACGUGUCAACAGAGGGACCUGUAAUCCCCGUGUGUCAAGAGAGGGAGGUGGUUGGAUUAUGGGGGAAGUUUCCUCCAUGCUGUUCUUGUAAUAGUGAGUGAAUUCUCACAAGAUCUGAUGGUUUUAUAAAUGGUAGUUUUUCCUGCUCUGUCUCACACCUCCCGCCAUGUAAGAUGUGCCUGCUUUCCCUUCUGCUAUGAUUGUAAGUUUCCUGAGGCUUCCCCAGCCAUGUAGAACUGUGAGUCAAUUAAACCUCUUUUCCUUAUAAAUAACCUAGUCUCCAGCAGUUCCUUAUAGCAAUGUGAAAACGGAUUAAUACAGACUCAUUUCUGAACUGGCUGUAGUUUUGGUCUCCUUAUUCUUUCCUAGUAAGGAGGUCACGAGUAAAUCAGGAGACAGGAAGCCCUGGCUCCAGAUUCACUUGUGAAACUGCAUUCCUGCAUAUACUCAUUUGUAAAGAAAUCACACUACUCCAAUUCUUCCUUUCUUAUAAAACCGUUAUGAGAGUAAGAUAAGUUAAAU